UGAUGUCUGGAGAUUCCAUUGAGGAGCUGGAGAGGAUCCUGGCUCUGUUUGAGAAACAGCGACAACAAGACGACGGCGACUACACUAAAGCUGUGGGACGUCUGCAAUGUCUCAAGUUACGACGAGAUUUGCGACAAGCGAUGUUGAGGAGAAAUGUUGGCGUUCUCGAUCAAGUGAUCUCGAAAGCAACCGGAAGUCAGUAUGAGAAUCAGUUGAAAUCUCAGAUCGAGGCUGCUAAGAAGCUGCGACAGGACCUCUCAGAAGUCAAGGAAUGUGACCUGGACAUCUUAGAUAUGGAGCCCAGAACGGUUUUAGAGCUGCGGCGAUACCACCAUCCUCCGAAAUGCAUCUGUGACGUCAUAAGAGCAACAUACUUGCUGUUGGGCGAGAAUGAAUCAGGUCUGAAGAGUUGGUCAGCUAUACAAACACUGCUCGGCAAACACGGAGACGACGGCAUCAUUCAGCGGGUUUCUACCUUUGACUCGACAAGAGUGGACGAGUCCUUGUCGAAACGAGUGAACGACAUCCUGGACCGCCACAAUCCGAGCGAGAUCCGGGCCGCCAGUCCUGGAGCCGCCACGUUGUACUUCUGGACGCGCAGGAUGGUGGAGGACAGUAUCAAAGGCAGACAGGUGGAUGAUGACUUGGUCAAUAACCGACCAAUAGAAAGAGUGAAAUUGUUUUCUUGUUUUAAACCCAGAAGUACCAGUAGUUGAAAGUGUGCGUUCACGACAACGUACGCGUACAGAAAGCUGAGCGCUCACUGAUAUUUGCGAACUAGUUUUUGCAUUUAUUAACAUUAAAUGAAUGUGAUUGGAUAUGAUAUGACGGAAACAGUCAAGCGCUCGUAUGCCUGAACAUGCCACUAAUAUCUCAGGAUCGGCCAAACACUGUGUUGCUUUUUUUAUAUGAUGAUGCGUUCUCAAUACUAAUUCUCGUUUUUUUUCUGGAAUCUACACACACCUAUUUCUUGAAUGUAAAAUAAAAACACUUGGUGUAGAUUGGUGGGAUUCGAACCUACUGCUGAUCCACGUGAAAAUCUGACGGUUCUCGAAGUUAACCUCAGGACCAACCGAUUCGUCCUCAUAAAUGAAUACUUAGUCAAAGUAAUGCUAGUCUCAGAAUACCAACUGCCACGACAAAGUUGGCUAACUUCCUGCUGUCACGACUUCUGCCUACGACUGCCCAGUUGCUAGUGUGAGCGCACCCGUCGUACAUGUAAGUCGGGAGAUGGCGAAAUUACAAGGCAGCCGUCGAGUUUACUUAGCAAUGAAUAAUGCAAUCAAGGAAGGAAAUGUUUUAUUUAACGACGCACUCAACACAUUUUACUUUCUGUUAUAUGGCGU